UCAUUGACAUCUAUCAUACCGUCCACGACAAGGUCUACAGCUAUUUGCCGGACUCGUGCCGGGAGGGCAACGAAAAAGUUCAUAUCAAUCAGGGCGCGCGGCGGCGGCGAACAUGAAAUGGCAUCGUUCAGGAGCUUCGACCGGCCCGACGGCCAAAUGGGCGCUGAAGGAGAAUAUAGCGAAAUGGAUGAAUACGAAGGAAAGAUGAACGGUAUGGUCAACAAUGAGCAGGGAUUCGGUGGCGGCGGCGGUGGCGGCGAGUUUGAAGGCGGCGGUAAACCGGGGGCCAAAAUAUCCGAAUGGCAGGCCGGCUGGAAUGUUACCAAUGCUAUACAAGGUAUGUUUAUCGUAUCGCUGCCCUAUUCGGUACUGCACGGCGGCUACUGGGGUGUCGGUGCACUAGUAUUUGUAGCCUAUGUUUGCUGCUAUACCGGUAAAAUAUUGGUCGACUGUCUGUACGAAACCAAUGAACGGGGCGAAAAAAUACGUGUCCGGGACAGUUAUGUGGCCAUUGCCGAAGAAUGUCUGGGCCAGAAAUACGGCGGCAAACUGGUCAACAUUGCCCAGAUUAUUGAACUACUAAUGACUUGUAUAUUGUAUGUGGUUUUAUGUGGCGAUCUACUGAUCGGAUCCUUUCCCGACGGUACUAUUGACCAACGAUCGUGGAUGAUGGUCUGUACAAUGCUAUUGUUUUCGUGUGCUUUUCUAACCGACCUGGGUGCUGUAUCGACCUUGAGCUUCUGGUGUACCGUAACUCAUAUCAUAAUCAAUGUUAUAAUAUUUGGCUACUGUUUUAUCAAUAUUUUCAACUGGCAAUGGUCUAAGGUGACAUUCCGUUUGGACGUACAAACAUUUCCCAUAAUGUUGGGCAUCGUUGUUUUUAGCUAUACAUCCCAGAUAUUUUUACCGGGACUGGAGGGCAGUAUGCGUGACCCGUCAAAAUUUCAGCCAAUGUUAGACUGGAGUCAUAUCGCGGCAGCAGCUUUCAAAGGACUGUUCGCUUACGUAGGAUUCAUGACUUUCGGCGACGAAACCCAAGAGGUUAUAACCAACAACUUGCCGUCGCAGGGCUUCAAAAAUGUGGUCAAUAUGUCGCUGGUUAUCAAAGCCCUACUGUCCUAUCCGUUACCGUACUAUGCAGCGGUCAAUCUACUGGAAUCGGCAUUUUUUCGCGGAAAACCAACCGAUCAGCGACCCGACGGCGAAGGCGUCCAACCGUUUCAUACGUGUUGGGCACGAGAUAACGAGUUGCGCGUCUGGGCCGUAGCCCUGCGCGUACUGUUAGUCUUGUUUAUUAUGUUUAUGGCCAUUUCUAUACCUCACUUUGCCAUAUUGAUGGGACUGGUGGGUAAUUUUACCGGUACUAUGCUAUCGUUUGUCUGGCCCUGUCUUUUCCAUAUGAAACUCAAGUGGAGUACAAUGGACUUCAAUACAAUCACUUGGGAAGUGUUUAUCAUUUGUUUUGGCAGUUUUUGCGGCAUUAUUGGCAUAUUUACCAGUUUUUCGGCACUCAUCGAUGCUUAUCAUCUACCGCUACCAUAUCCCGGACCACAUCCUGUACAGGGCUAA